AUGCCAGUUUGUCAGGAAGAAACAAAGACUGUGGCCACCAACUCAGGAAAUGACUUGGAAAGGAAAAACAAGUGCCAUGUAUGUGGAAAAUAUUUUAGUCAGAAAUCGAAUCUCGCCAGACACUGCCGAGUCCACCUAGGGCAUAAACUAUAUAAGUGCUUGAGGUGUCAGAAACAGUUUGCUAGCAAAUCACACCUUUUGAACCACAAGAGAAUCCACACAGGAGAGAAACCCUAUAAAUGUUUAGAAUGUGGGAAGCGAUUUUCUCAACAGCCUCACCUUUUGAGCCACAAGAGAAUCCACACAGGAGAAAAACCCUAUAAAUGUUUGGAGUGUGGGAAGUGUUUUGCACAUGACUCAGGACUUCUGAGUCACCAGAGAAUCCACACGGGAGAAAAACCUUAUACAUGCUCAGAGUGUGAAAAGUGUUUUUCCCAACACGCUCAUCUUGUGAGUCAUAAGAGACUUCACACAGGAGAGAAACCUUACAAAUGCAUGGAGUGUGGAAAGUGUUUUUCCCAACAUGCUCAUCUUGUGAGCCACAAGAGAAUCCACACAGGAGAGACACCCUAUAAAUGUUUGGAAUGUCAGAAACUGUUUGCUCGCAAAUCACACCUUUUGAGCCACAAGAGAAUCCACACAGGAGAGAAACCUUAUAAAUGUCCGGAGUGUGGAAAAUGUUUUGCACAUGACUCAGGACUUCUAAGUCACCGCAGAAUCCACACGGGGAAAAAACCUUAUACAUGCUCAGAGUGUGGAAAGUGUUUUUCCCAACACAUUCAACUUGUGACGCAUCAGAGAGUUCACACAGGAGAGAAACCUUACAAAUGUCUGGAGUGUGGAAAGUGUUUUUCCCAGUCAGCUCAUCUUAAGAGCCAUCAGAGAGUUCACACUGGAGAGAAACCUUACAAAUGCAUGGAUUGUGAGAAAUUUUUUUCCCAACACUCUCACCUUGUGAGUCAUCAGAGACAACACACUGGACAGAAACCCUACAAAUGCAUGGAGUGUGGAAAAUGUUUUGCAUACAACUCAGCCUUGUUGGUACAUAAAAGAAUCCACACUGGAGAGAAACCCUAUAAAUGUUUGGAGUGUGGAAAGUGCUUUGGUCGCCAUUCCCACCUUGCAAAACAUCGGAAAAUUCACACAGGAGAGAGAAACUAUAAGUGCACAAAACCUUAUAAAUGUUCCGAGUGUGGGAAGUGUUUUUCUCACCAGCCAGCUCUUAUGGUCCAUCAGAGAGUCCACACUGGAGAGAAACCGUACAAAUGCUUGGAAUGUGGGAAAUGUUUUGGUUACCAAUCCUAUCUUGUGGAUCAUCACAGGCUGCACACAGGGGAGAAACCUUAUAAAUGUUUAGAGUGUGGGAAGUGUUUUGUUCAGAGAUCUAACUUUGUGACACACCAAAGGAUCCACAGAAGGGAGAAACCAUAUGAAUGUUCACAGUGUGGCAAAUGUUUCACACAACAAUCCAACUUAGUGAUACACCAGAGAGUUCACUCAGGAGAGAAACCUUGCAAGUGCUUGGAGUGUGGGAAAUGUUUUGCUCACCUGUCAGACCUUCAGCAACACAAGAAAGUCCACACUGGAGAGAAACCUUAUAAAUGCACCAAAUGUGGGAAAUGUUAUGCUUACCGCUCAGCAUAUGUAAAACAUCAGAAGGUUCACUCAGGACAGAAACCUUAUAAAUGCCCUGAGUGUGGAAAGUGUUUUUCUCAGCACCCACAUCUUGUGAUUCACCAGAAGGUCCACCUGGAAGGCAAACAAAAGCGAAGAUCCCGUUCAGUGGAUCAUCCAAAGGUUGAACGCUCUUCGCUCAAGAAUGGAAAACGUCAGAAAAUCCACUCAGGAAAGAAAACUACAUGA